UCCUCUUCCGUUUCGGUGAAAUCAGGUCAAGAUGGUUCAGCGCCUGACAUACCGCCGUAGGCUUUCCUACAACACCAGCUCCAACAGGACCAGGCUGUCCCGAACACCAGGUAACCGUGUUGUAUACCUGUACACCAAGAAGACCGGCAAGGCUCCCAAGUCAGCCUGUGGAAUCUGCCCUGGUAGACUGCGUGGUCUCCGUGCUGUGAGACCUCAGGUCCUGAUGAGGCUCUCUAAAACCAAGAAACAUGUAAGCAGAGCCUAUGGUGGUUCCAUGUGUGCCAAAUGUGUGCGUGACAGGAUCAAGCGUGCUUUCCUCAUUGAGGAGCAGAAGAUCGUUGUCAAAGUACUAAAGGCACAGGCACAGAGUCAGAAAACAAAGUAAAGGUGUAUUUGUACUUAAAAUAAAAGAUUUGGAACCACA